GAAAGAUUGUGUAAACAGCCAUGAAAGCUUUCUUAUUCAGUAGUGAAUUGGCAUAUCAGAACUUUGGAAAGGCAGCCAUAGCCAAAACCUUCAUUUCCUUCAUUUUAUUCAUAUCUUCCUUUAUUAUUUAUGUUAUUAGGAUUUAUCACUAUUACCACAAAAGAAAGCCCUUAGCCUUGAGGCUGCCACCAGGCCCAAAGCCAUGGCCACUCCUUGGCUGCCUUCCAGCAAUGUUAUUGAGGAAAAAAAACUCACCAACACACCAAUGGAUUCAUGAAGUAAUGAAGCAAUUCAAUAAUGAAAUUGCAUGCAUCCGUCUCGGAUCAAAUACUCAUAUAAUCCCUGUUGCUUCUCCCGAGUUGGCUCUUGAAUUUUUAAAGACAUACGAUUCCGUCUUCGCAUCACGACCGAUAAUUUCCAUCACUGCCCAGAUGUUGAGUUAUGGAUUCCUCGGUACAGUUGUUUUGCCGAUAGGGGAUCAAUGGAAGAAGAUGAGAAAGAACCUUGCUUCUCAUGUUUUCAAUCCAUCGACCCUCCAUCGAAUUCUUGGACAAAGAUUAAAGAAAGCUGAUACUCUUCUAUGCUACGUCUUUAGCCUCACUAGAAGCUGUGAAGCGAUCAAUAUAAGAAGCAUUACACAACAUUAUUGCAACAACAUUAUUAGAAGAAUGAUAUUCAAUAGAAGAUAUUAUGGAAAAGGAAGGGAAGAUGAGGGGCCAUCUUUUGAAGAAGAAUACCAUAAUCAAGCAUUGCUUACGAUUCUAAUGCAUACUUAUGCAUUUUCUGUAUCGGAGUUUAUGCCUUGUUUGAAGCCAUUUGAUUUGGAUGGACACCGGAAGAUAGUAAAAGGGGCCUUGAAUGUCAUAAGAAACUAUGAUGAACCAAUAAUAGAGGAAAGUGUUCAAGAAUGGAGAGAUGGGAGGAGAAACGAGGUGGAGGAUAUUCUUGAUAUCCUUAUCUCACUCAAAAAUGAGAAUGGUACAUCGAUGUUGUCAAUCGAAGAGAUUAGUGCUCAAAUCACGGUAGGUAUAACCAUUUUUUCAUCUAUUGUAGAGGAUUUCACAUUGGAAAUAUGA